AUUAAUUGAUUCAAACGAUCCGAAUGAUUCGCUUGGAGGCGCCCACAAGCUGUUCUGUGACAAUUGAUGGACCGAUUUGGGGAAGAUGGACUUUGAUAAACCACGGCCACACAAUUAGUCUGAUCAAUUCUUCUGUUUUCUAAGCUCCUUGUAUGCCUGAUCCCAGUCUACCGUUGCGGACUCCUUGUAAGCUAAAGGGACAAUGGCAGCGGUAACAAGUCCGGAAACGACACCUCAGCCCCGGGUUUAUUUUCAAACACCACCCGGUACCGAAGAAGAAGUGCCACAGAAGCAAGGACGAGUGACCGUAAAAUAUGACAGAAAAGAGCUGAGGAGGCGACUGAAUUUGGAGGAGUGGAUAGUUAGCCAGUUAAUGAAUCUGUACGACUGCGAGGAGGAUGAGGUGCCUGAGCUGGAAAUAGAUGUGGAUGAGCUGCUGGAUCUGCCCAGUGAUGUUGAGAGAGCCAUUCGAGUGAAGAUGCUGCUGGUCGACUGUUAUAAGCCUAAUGAUGAUUUCAUAGUGGCGUUGCUGGAGAAGGUCCGAGGGAUGCAGAAACUCAGCACCCCCCAGAAGAAAGGGGAGCUGACGCCAUGAGAUCACCACAGCUCCUCCCACCACCACAAAACCAACCUGUCACUCCAAACCCAGAGGAGAGAUGCAGGCAUGCAGACCCAACCACUAAACCACAGCGUCUGUCAAACGGAGAUCAACGAUACGAGUCCAGCCAAGCCAAUCUCAGCUGCAGGUUGAGCACCCCAAACUGUUUUUACUUCGUCUUAGUACUGUUUCAGCAUAUAUUACAUGCAGAGUGUGGUAGUGUCCCUUUAGCUUAAAACUCCGAAAAGGAAUCGAAUGGUUGAUGUUACGGUUACACUGUUCACUAAUACACAUUUUUCAGCCAGGUAACUUGGCCCGAUGUAUCCGUCUGUAAUAGAGUAGGAAAUUAGAACAAAGCUGAUUUCUUUUCACCCCCCUUUUUUGUCAGUCAGUCUCUCACAUCUGCUCUUUCAUAAUGGCGGAAUAAUUUUUUGCAGGCCAGAAAAUAGUAGUUUUUAGAUGUGGGGUUUCAGAUUUUGGGGUGUGUUGAUGUAAUGCGGGAAGAGGGAGGGGGGAUGAGAAUUGUGAACUUGUGUUUUGUAAGCCAUUUUUAAUCUACCAUUUUUAGGAAAAAAAAAAAGACAGGUCUGUGUUUAGUACUACUGCUUUUAGAAAUCAUUUGACUGAGGAAAAUCAAACUAGUUUGAGGAUGACGAGUAGCAAUACUGAUAGAGUGAAUUUGCCAAUAUGUUACAUCUGAUAUUUUUACAAAAAUGAAGAUGAAGAAGGCUAAGAAUGAACAUGCUUUGUUGGUGUAGGCCAAGGUCAAUGCUAAAUGACGCUCAAAGCCCGCCUAUCUUUUGUAAAUAAAAUGUUUAUUCAAUUUCAAGUGAACACGAUUUGAGAAAUGCAUAGGUUGAUGAUCAGAAUUUGUUGGAAUGGCAAAAACUGUACUGUGUGCACUCUCACAACCAAAUAUGUGUAGUAAGGCUCGCAAAUAAAGAAUGGUGCUACAUACAUGUCUGAAAAGCUGUGUCAUUCGUUUUUUGAAAGGGAAACAUACA